AUAAAAGCCCAGGAGAGAGAGCAAAACCUAACUUGACUUCAGACUGGACACAGGUAUCAACAGGAGUCAACCUGAGCUGAAUCUUCUUCUUUUGGUCAAAGGGGUACAGCAUGUCCGAAAUGCUCGACGACAUUUUCACGAAGAACUUUAGGAACCUGGCCGUGGAUGACGCCUUGCAGUCUCAACUCAAAGGCCCGGGGCAGAAUCGUCUAAACCACUCAACCUCCUUCUUCUCUCCCCCCUCCCCUCCCGCCUCCUCGAGCCACAGCCUGAGCACUGAGCAUGUUAACAACAACGACGGCCAUUUCUGGUCAUCCAACAUCUGGAGCCAGGGCCCUGUCUCCAAACCCAAGCAGCCCCCCUUCAGACCCGACCGCUCCAUGAGCCUGACCGAGUCCAGCAGCAGCCUGCUCUCCUCCUUCGGACAGCUGAAGAACCUCGAGGCUUUUCCCUCUGCCGCUACCGUGGCUCCGCCGCCGGGCUUCCCUCCCUCGUCUUCCCUCCAGCCCCAGGUUCAACCAUUGGUCGCACCCAAUCGUUACAAGACAGAGCUGUGCCGUGGCUUCCAGGAGACUGGCAGCUGCAAGUAUGGCAGUAAGUGCCAGUUUGCCCAUGGCGAGGCGGAGCUGCGUGGACUGUUCCGCCACCCCAAGUACAAGACGGAGCCCUGCAGAACCUUCUACAACUUUGGCUACUGCCCCUAUGGCUCACGCUGCCACUUCAUCCAUGAGGACAAAAUCAACGGAGCUCCGUUAUCAACUGCCAAAUUCCAGAAUCAACCACCUCUCGGUCAGAAUCCACGCCACAUGCUGCGCCAGAGUGUCAGCUUUGCCGGGUUCCUGGGCUCUUCACGCUGCUCUCCUCCUCCGUCAUUCCCUUCAUCCUUCAACGAUCCUAACCUGGGCUUCAGCCGUGCUCCCUCCGUUUCUCCACCUCCCGCUGAUCUCCUCUCCCCAGUGUUUGGAGACUCCCUGCAACGGGAGGGAGCUGCAUUCCAGUUUGGCAACAAUCAUACCCGCGCCAGCGCCGGAGACAUCCACAAUAUCCCUCUGAUCAUGGAGCCAAAGGCCUCACGCUGUGUGUGUGGCCACGGGAAUAACUUUAACAGCAAUAACAGCAGAGCCUUCGCCGGCAUGGACGACGGGCACAACCAAGACGGCAGCAUGCCGUUUCCCGGUCCCGGAGGCCACGGAGGAUUCGUGAAGCCUGGUGGACUCCAGCGCUUCUCCUCCGAGGACUCCCUGGAGGACAGCUACAGCAGCAGCAGCGGAGGUUCCAGUGGAACCGAAUCUCCAACGUUCGACGCAGCCAGCAAGAGGCUCACUGUGUUCGAACGCCUGUCCCUGUCCGACUAAAACGGAUCCAAAAGGGAAGAGAACUGACACCUUUAACUGCGUCUGUUAAUCUGGACUUUCUUCAGAACCAGAACUGAUCAGGACAAGUCAACUUUUGACACAAUAACACUUAAAAGUUCUUAAUUUAUGUUUGUAAAAAUGGAACUUGGAAAAACUAGUACCCAAAUGUUAUCAGACUCUAUUUUUAUACUUAAAAGAAUAUUAUGUAGCCUCUUAGACCUUUGUAUGUGGUCUUCCAUAAAGAUUAACUCUGCAGGUCUUGACAGUACCAGCAAGUAGUCUGGUUCAUACUUACCGUAAAUCUCUAGUGAACAAAGUGGCUUAUCUUUAGUGAUAAUCAUUAAUUGCUGUGCCUUAGAUUCUCCCUGCCACGUAGGCUAUUUACUAUUGGUGCCACAAACAGUAUGUUUGAUUCAGUAGCCUUAAAUCAGUGAGACCUGACCUGUGUCAUUGAUGCCAUUUUAUCUGUGAUAUGCACUUUACAGCUAAUCCAAAAUGGGACAAAUCUCCCAGUAGCAUUCAACCAAAGCUUCAUACUUCACUCUGCUCUUUGUGUGUGUGUGUGUAUGUAUGUGUGCCUGUAUAUGUGCAUGUGUGGGUGUGUGUGUGUAACCAUUUUCCUGAGACCUGGGGUGCAAGCAUGAAUAAGUUGCAGAGUGCUGAAAGAUCAAAGUGUGAUAACCGAGAAAAUGUAUGUCAGUAUAUAUCUGCAUCCUGACACACUUUAAUUCUGUAAAACAUUCUUUCUAAGAUGCACCCCGUCUUUUAUCGUCCCGUUUGUCUGACAACCUGGUUCAGGGACUUUAACACCACAGUAUUCCUUUUUGGUAUUGGUUGCCUCGUGUUGUUUAACUUAAAACUAAUAUAUUUAUUAUGAUAUUUAUUUGUGUUUAAAGAAAAACUAAAAAUGUAUUUUGUACUUUAUUUAUGGAGAAAUAUUUCAACAUCUGUGAAAUACCAAUGUGAGAAAAAAGCAGUAAAAAAGAGAAUGUUAUAUUUUUAAUUGCCUGAAAGGGACAAAAUUAAUUUCUGAAUAAAGAAAUGAAUGUA